UUGCAUUUGGAGCCCUAAUUCGUAAAUCAAAACUCACAGGCCACAGCCUCCAGCUCUCUCUUUUCUGUUCUCUGAACUCUCAGAGACACUGUGUCGGCGACCAGCAAGCACAGCGGCGCAGCAAAACUCUCGUCUGUCGACUCUCAAUCUCUCGUCGUGACGGAUUUAGAGAGAUGGGGAAGAAUAAGAGCUCAAGGAAAGGGAAGAAGGCAUGGAGAGCCAACAUAAGUACGGAGGAUAUUGAAGAUUUCUUUGACAACUCCACUAAAGAUGCUCUUUCAGGCGGUUCUCUUGCUCAAGUUCCCAGUGACUCUCUCUUUUAUGUCGACAAAUCCAGAGAUCUUUCUGUCAAACGGAAAAUUGAAAAACACCGGGAGAAAGUACUUCGAUAUGAUAGUAUACUACAAAGCAAUGCCUUUGUUGAACCUGUACCUUCUUCAACUGGGAAGAAAUCCAAGAAGAAAAGUAAACUUCAGAUAGCCAAGGAUACUGCUCAACAGGGUCAAAAGGAUUCGUCUGGUGGAGACUCUGGCAUGGUUGACAUUUGGAAUGAUAAAGAUGAACUGGUCAUCAAAACCAAAAAGAAGGCCAAGACUUCUGUUAUACCUGCUGUGGAAGUUGAGCCUCCAGGAUGCUCAUUCAAUCCCCCAUCCGAAAGUCAUCAGGAUGCAUUAGCUUGUGCUGUUGCAGAUGAAAUGCAGAAAAUUUAUAGAAAUGAAUUGGGGCCGGAGCCUAUUCCAUUGGUUGUUCCCGGAGAAGUAGUUAAUGAAGAAGAUAUGUAUUUCCUUGAAGCGGACAGUGGGAGUGACACGGAGAAUGAAAAUCUAGUGGAAGACGGAAAAACAGAUUUGGAUAAAAGGCCGCAAAAGCCCAAAAUGCUGACUCAAGUUGAGAAGAAUCGACGGGCUAGACGCAAAGAACAGUUGAAAGCAGAAGCUGAAGCAACAAAAGCAGCACAACUCUCCAAAGAGAUUGAUAGCUUACCGGAUAUUAUUCAAGAAAUAGAGAGAGAGGAAGGAGAAAAACAGAAACGACAUCUACGUCGUGUCACUGCUAUAAAAGAAAAACUAAAAUCUUGUCCACCACGCUUGGGAAAGCGCAAAUUCGUGCCUGCUCCUGCUCAGGUUUUACUGUCUGAAGAGAUAACUGGUUCCCUGCGUAAAUUAAAGGGAUGUUGCACCCUUGCAAGAGAUCGGUUUAAAAGCCUGGAGAAAAGGGGACUAGUUGUUCCUUCAAAAAAGAGUAGCAGGAAAUAGAGUGAAUUGCAGAGUAACACAGAUAAAAUGUUUUCAUCACCGCACUAUGAGACCAUCAUCCCGAUCACUUGGAUGAGAGACACUGUAGACAGCAAGGUGUUGGUUUAUGUCUGCAAAUUUGGAGUGGGAGAGCUGGCUGCUCUUACUGUUAGCAAAAUGGAGAUGUAGAUCUGUUAUCUUACUGAUGCAUAUGGUUCAUUACACUAUUUUAUAGUCAUGGUCAAGUUACUUUGGGAGCAAAAACUAGUGAUACUUAAUUACUGAUAUAUCUGGAGGCAGAAGAUUGGUGUGAUUUCUCUUGAUGAACCAAAAAUGAUUCCCAAGUCAGCUUUUUUAAAUGGGAACUCUCAUAAUCGAAAUUUUAAUAUGUACCCCAAAGUUUUUAAUUACUCUAAUUAGGUCAACUUUUUAUUUGAUCACAUUAGAUCAACUAUAUCUCACAAAUUUUGAUUUUCAA